CUCAGUCCAAUACCAGGCUUACUCGGCGAGCUAUGGGAAGGUUUGCUCAAUGCGGUGCCGAAGAAGAAGACAUCGCACAUGAAGAAGCGGCAUAGGCAGAUGGCUGGCAAAGCAUUAAAGGACGUGACGGCGUUGAACAAGUGCAGCGCAUGCGGGCGAGUCAAGAGGGCGCAUGUGCUGUGUCCAUAUUGUGUG